UGACGCAUAGUUGGCAACUACUUCUAAUUCUUUUUCUGUUCAGAGCUGAAGCCAUUCUUAGACAUGAGAUUCUGGAUAUUAGCAGGAACAUGCAAACACAUGCAAUUAAAGAGUCAUUCUUGAAGCAUUAGUAGUAGUGUUGAAAUUGUUUAUAACAAAACCAAGCAGAAUAGAAUGCCUUCUGCUCCUCACUUCUCUGACAAUGACCAUGGACUUGUAACUAACCCAUGCAAGAGUGCUUGUUUAAAGUGCUGCGAAGUGAUUAAAGCUGGGGAAUAUUUUCCUAUGGAAAAGUGUACUGUUAGAAACUAUCGCAACUUUAUGAAAAGUGGUUUGCCUCAUCGGCUUCUAUUUUACAAGGACAGUGAAUGGAUUGAUUUUGCUGCGGAUAUAAUUGGUCUGAUACAUGAUAACUUCCAAGCGAAGAAGGCAAUUUUUGAAGUUUCUUGUCAGAAUCAACAUUUCUUAUUUGACUUUGUCCGUAUGCUACAUAUAGAUAUAAAGACAGGUUUCAGCAAGCCACUUGCAUGGAUUGAUGAGCAUGGAAAAUGUUUUUUCCCGGAAAUAAGUUCUGAAUUCUGUGCACCUUGUGUACCAAAAGGUGCUCGUGAACUUAAUUCCCGCUUGGAUACCUUUCCUAGCGCUUCAGAAAACUCAAAUUCAGGAUACCCUUACCAUAAGGAUAAACAGACUAAGCAUGCAAAGCUUAUUUUACAAAAUGAUCCUAUGAAUUUGAUGGGCGAAGUGGUGGGUGAAAAUGAUCUCUGUCUUCCUAUUUCAUGCAAUGCAAUAAGUUCUAGAAUGGAUCAGGAAAAUGCAGCUGCAGCAGUCGAUAGCCAACUUGCUUUUGAUUCUGUCCAGAGAUUCUUUCUCUCUGGAAUGUAUCCUUAUGUUGAUUCGAAGGGAGUAGUAAGCAUCUCAAGAGCUCCUAUAUUCGAUCAAUCUGGAAAAUUUCUUUUUAGUAGUUUUCUCAAGCACAUCGAGAUAACGCAAAAUUUUCGUGGUGUUGCUAACGUGCGUUAUGCUUGGCUUCCAGCUACUAAGUCUACAGCAGAAGAUUUAAUACUUCGUGGCAUUAUGAGGAUUGAGAAGCCUCUGCAUGGCAGCAGAUAUGGUCUCGGGAUUCACCUUGCACCAGUGAACUAUCCUAAUAUCUGGUGAGAUUUUAUGUUCA